GAAGACGAGCGCCCUGAGGGAGAGAGCGCGCCCGAGGGAGAAAGCGAGCGCCCGAGGGAGAAGCGCGCCCGAGGGAGAGAGCGAGUGCCCGAGGGAGAAAGUGAGCACUCCGAGGGAGACAGAGCGAGAGCCCGAGGAGAAGGCGAGAGCCCAGAGAGUGAGAACCCGAGAGUGAAGAGCCCCAAGAGUGAAGAGAGAGAGAGAGCGACGAGCACAGAGACAGAGCGGCGAGCACAGAGAGAGCGCGAGCACAGAGCAAAGAAGGGCGAGGAGAGAGAGCCGAGAGAGGCCCCCGAAGAGCAGCGCCCCGAGGGGAAGAAGCGCGCCCGAGGAAGAAGCGAGCGCCCCGAGGAAAAGGAGCAAGGGCCCGAGGAAAAGAGCAAGGGCCCGAGGAGGAGAAAAGCGAAGCCCGAAGAAAGCGCCCUGAAAGCGCCCUCGAAAGCGCCCGCCCGCGGCGCCACAGAGAAAGCGGCGCCCGGGAAAAGAAAACAAGUGCCCGGGAGAAAGCGAAAACUCGGGAAAAAGCAGCGCCCGAAGAAAGCGGCGCCCAUAAACAGCGCCCGAAAAAGCGCCCAAAGAGAAGCGCCCGAAAGCGCCCGAAAAGAAAGCGGCGCCCCAGAAAGCGGCGCCCCCAGAAAGCGCCCGAAAGCGAGCUCGGGGGAGAAACCCGAAGCACGCCCUAGAGAAAGCGCCACUAGAAAGCGCGCCCCUAGAAAGAAAGCGGCGCCCCUAGAAAAGAAAGCGGCGCCCAGGGAGAGAAAGGCGCCCGGGAGAAAGCGCCCGAAGCGCCCGAGGGAAAGCGCCCGAAAAAGCGCGCCCGAAAGCGCCCGAAAGCGCCCGAAGAGAGAAAGCGCGCCCGGAAGAAAGCGCGCCCGGGAGGAAAGAAGCGGCGCCUCGGGAGAAACAAGCACCCGGAGGAGAAAAGCACCCGGGGAGAAAGCGAGCACCCGAGAGCGCGCCCCAAGAAAACGAAGCGCCCCAAGAAGAAAAGCGCCACUAGAAGAGAAGAGCGCCCCAAGAGAAGAAAGCGCCCGAGAGAAAGCAAAGUGCCCCGGGAGAGGAAGCGCCCGAGAGAAAGCGCCCGAGAAAAGCGCCCGAGAGAAAGCGCCCGAGAAAGCGCCCGAAGAAACGCGCCCGGGGAGAGAAAGGGCGCCCACAGGAAGAAAGCCCUCAGGGAAGAAGAAAACAACACCCGGAGAAAGCGCCCGAAAGCGAAAGCGCCCGAAGAGAAGAACAAAGCGCCCCGAAGAGAAAGCGAGCAACCCUAAAGAAGAAAACCCCGAAGAAGGCAAAAGCCCUGGGAGAAGAAGCGAGCACCCGAAGAAAGCGGCGCCCGAGAAGAAGAAGGCGCCCGAGAAAGAGAAAGCGAGUGCCCCUAGAAAGAAAGGCGCCACUAGAAAGCGCCCCAAGAAAGACAACGCCCAGAGAAAAGCCCGCGCCCGAAGAAAGAAGAAAGAGAAAGCGCCCGAAGCGCCCGAAGAAAAGCGCGCCCCCCAGAAGAGCGCCCGAGAAAAGCGCCCCGAAGAAGAAAACAAGCGCCCGAAGAAGAAAGCGAGCUCUGCGAGCGCCAGGGAAAGCGGCGCCCAGGAGAAAGCGCGCGCCCCGAAGAAAGCGCGCCCGAAAGAAAGCGCGCCCGAAGAAAGUGGCGCCCGAGGAAGAAAGCGGCGCUCGAGAAAGCGCGCCCGAAGAAGAAAACUCCGGGGAAAGCGAAGCACCCGAGGAAAGCGAGUGCCCCUAGAAAGCGCCACUAGAGAGAGAAGUGAGGCGCCCCUAGAGAGAAGAGAGAGAGAGAGAGAGCGCCCCUAGAAAGCGCCCGAGGAGAAGCGCCCGAAAGAAGCGCCCGAAGAAAGCGCCCCGAAGAAGCGCCCGAAGAGAAAGCGCCCCCGGGAGAAGGGCGCGCCACGGGAAGACAGCGCGCGCCUCGGGAAGAGAAGCCCGGGGGAAAAGAGCGCCCGAGAGAAAGCCCAAGUGAAGAAAGAGCCCAGAAAGCGGCGCCCGAAAAAGCAGCGCCCGAAGAAAGGAAGCGAAAGCGCCCGAAAAGAAAGCAGCGCCCGAAGAAGAAAGCGAGUGCCCCUAGAGAAAGGCAAAAGCGCCCGGGAAGAUAAGCGGCGCCCGAAGAAGAAGGAAGGAGCCCCGAAAGGCGCCGAAAGCGCCCGAAAGCGCGCCCCCAGAAAGCGCCCGAAGAAAGCGCCCGAAAAAGCAAGCACCCGAGAAGCGAGCUCUGGUGAAGGCGAGCACCCGAAGAAAGCAGCGCCCCUAGAAAAAGCGCCACUAGAAGAAAGCGGCGCCCCUAGAGAAAGCUCCCCGAAGAAAGCGCCCAAAAAGCGGCGCCAAAAAAAGCGGCGCCCAGAGAAAGAAGCAGCGCCCGAAGAAAGCGGCGCCCGAAGAAAAGCGGCGCCCGAAGAAAAGUGGCGCCCGAGGAGAAAGCGGCGCCCGAAGAAAACUCGAGGAGAAACGGCGCCCGAGAGAAAGCGCCCGAAGAGAAAGCCGAGUGCGGGAGAGAAAGCGAGCUCCGGGGAAAAAGAAAACGGCGCCCGAGGAAAGCGCCCAGUAGGCGAAACUCCCGAAGAAAGCGUAGCGCCCGGGAAGAGAAAGCGCGCCCAGAGAAAGCGCGCCCAGGAGAAAGCGCGCCCGCAGGAAAGAAGCGCCUGGGAAAGCGCGAACCGGGGAAAGCGAGCACCCGAAGAAAGCCAGCGCCCCAGAGAAGCGCCACUAGAAGCGAAGCCCCGAAAGAAAGCGCCCGAAAGCGCCCUCGAGAAAGCGCCCGGGAGAAGCAGCGCCACAGGAGAAAGCGAGCACCAGGAGAAAGAAACAAGUGCCCGGAGAAAGCGAGCUCCGGAAAAAAAAGCAGCGCCCGAGAAAGCGGCGCCCAUAGAAGCAGCGCCCGAGAAAGCGCCCGAAAGAGAAAGCGCCCGAAAAAGCGCCCAAGCGCCCAAAGCGCCCCAGAAAGCGCCCGAAGAAAGCGCCCGAGAGAAAAACUCCGGGGGGGAGAGAAGCAGCACCCGAGAAAGCAGCGCCGCUAAAAGCGCCACUAGAGAAAGCGAGCACCCUAGAGAGAAAGCGGCGCCCCUAGAAAGAGAAGAGAAAGCGGCGCCGAAGGAAGAAGCGCCCGAGGAAAAGCGCCCGGAGAGAAGGCGCCCCGGGAAGAAAGCGCGCCACGGAGAAGGGCGACGCGCCUCGGGAAAACAACACCCGGGAGAGAAAACAAGCACCCGGGAGAAGGCGAGCACCCCGAGAGAAAGCGGCGCCCCAAGAAGCGGCGCCCCAAGAGAAGCGCCACUAGAAAGAGAGAGCGCCCGAAAGAGAGAGGGCAAGCGCCCCGGGAAGCGAAGCCCGAGGAAUAGAGCGCCCCGAGAGAAAAGCGCCCGAAAGGCAGAGAGAGAGAAGACGCGCCCCGAGAAAGCGCCCGAGAGAGAAAGCAGUGCCCCGGGAGAAAGCGCUCCGGGGAAAAGAAAACGCGCCCCGAGAAGCGCGCCCAUAGAAGACGCGCCCCUAGAAAAGCGCGCCCCUAGAAGAGAGAGAGAAAACGCGCCCCUAGAAGAAAACUCCCCGAAAGCGCCCGGGAGAAGCGAAGCACCCCAGGAGAGGGCGCGCCCGAAGAAGAGCGCGCCCCGAAGCGACGCGCACCGAGAGAAAGCGCGCACCGAGAGAAGAGAGAGCGCCCGAAGAAGCAAGCGCCCGGGAGAAGGCGAGAGCCCCGAAGAUAAGCGCCCGAAGAAAGCGCCCGAGAAGAGCCCGGGAAAGCGCGCCGAGAAGCGCCCGAAGAGAAAGCAAGUGCCCCGGGAGAAAGCGAGCUCCGGGGAAGAAAAGCGCGCCCGAGAAGGCAGCGCCCAUAGAAGAAAGAAAGCGAGCACCACUAGAAAGCGCCCGAAGAAGCGCCCGAGGAAAAGCGCCCGAGAAAAGCAGCGCCCGAAGAAAGCGCCCGAAAGCGCCCGAGAGAAAGCGAGCGAGCCGGGGGAGAAAGCGAGCACCCGAGAGAAGCGCGCCCCAAGAAGAAGCCCACUAGAGAGCGCCCGAGAGAGAAAGCGAAAAAGCGCCCCGAGAGAAAGCGCCAAAGAAAAGCGCCCAGAGAAAGCCCAGAGAGAAAGCGCGCCCCUAGAAAAACUCCCCGAGAGAAGCGAGCUCUGGAGAGAGAAGAGAAGAGCGCGCCCGGGGAGAAAGCGAGCUCCGGGGAAAAAGCAGCGCCCGAAGAAAGCGGCGCCCAUAGAAGCGCGCCCCGAAAGCGCCCGAAGAGCGCCCGAAAGCGCCCGAAAGAAAGCGCCCCCAGAAAGCGCCCGAAAAGCGAGCUCUGGGGAAAAGCGACACCCGAGAAAAGCGGCGCCGCUAGAAAGCGCCACUAGAAAGCGGCGCGCCCUAGAAGAAAGCGGCGCCCCUAGAAAGCGGCGCCCGGGAAAAGGCGCCCGAAGAAAGCGCCCGAGAAAGCGCCCGAGAAAGCGCGCCCAGAGGAAAGAAGGCGCCCGAAAGCGCCCGAAAGCAGCGCCCGAAGAAAGCGCCCUGAGAAAGCGCCCGAAGAAAGCCUUAGCCCAGGAGAAAGCGCCCGCGAGAAAGCGGCGCCUCGAAGAAGAAAACAAGCACCCCAGGAAAAGCGAGCACCCGAAGAGAAAGCAGCGCCCCAAAGCGGCGCCCCAAGAAGCGCCACUAGAAGAGAGAGCGCCCCAAGAGAGGCAAAAGCGCCCGGGAGAAGGCGAAGCCCCCGAAGAUAGAAGCGCCCCGAGAGAAGCGCCCGAAGAAAACCCAGAGAAAGCGGCGCCCCGAAAGCGCCCGGAGAGAGCAAGCGAGCACCCCAGGAGAAAGCGGCGCCCCGCGAAAGCGCGCCCCGAAAGAGAAGAAGCGGCGCACACCGAAGAAGAAGCAGCGCACCGAGACAGCGAAACCCGGGCGAAGCGCCCGAGAAAGAGAACAAAAGCGCCCGAGAGAAAGCGAGCAACCCUAAAGAGAAAACCCCGAGAGAGGCAAGAGCCUGGGAGAAAGCGAAGCACCCGAGAGAAAGCGGCCCCGAAGAGAAAGCGCCCGAGAGAGAAGAAGAAAAGCGCCCGGAGAAAGCGAGCUCCCGGGGAAAAAGCAGCGCCCGAAAGCCAUAGUGCGCCCAUGAAGAAGCGCCCGAAAGCGCCCGAAGAAAGCGCCCGAAAGCGCCCGAAGAAGAAAGCGCGCCCCAGAGAAAGCGCCCGAGAGAAAAAGAACAAAGCGCCCGAGAAGAGAAAGCGAGCAACCCUAAGAGAAAACCCGAAGAGGAACAAACCCCUGGGAGAAAGCGAGCACCCGAGAGAGAAGCGAGCGCCCGAGAGAAAGCGCGCCCGAAGAGAAGCGAGUGCCCCUAGAGAAAGCGCCACUAAAGAAGCGCCCCAAGAAAGGCAAAGCGCCCGGGAGAAAGCGGCGCCCGAAGAAAGAGAAAGGCGAAAGCGCCCGAAAAGCGCCCGAAGAGAAAAGCAGCGCCCCCAAAAGCGCCCGAAAGCGCCCGAAGAGAAACAGCGCCCGAAGAGAGAAAGCGACUCUGGUGAGAAGCGAGCACCCGAGAAAGCGGCGCCCCUAGAAAGCGCCACUAGAAGAGAAAGCGCCCCUAGAAAGCGCCCCAAGAAGCGGCGCCAGGAAAGCGAGUGCCCAGAGAAAGCGGCGCCCGAGAAAGAAAAGAAAGCGGCGCCCCUAGAAGAAGAGAAGAAAGCGCCCGAAGAGCGCCCGAGGGAAAAGCGCCCGAAAAUAGCGCCCGAAAAGAAAGCGCCCGAAAGCGCCCGAAGAAAGCGCGCCCAGGAGAAGAAAGCGGCGCGCACAGAAAAGAAGCGCGCCUGGGAGAAAACAAGCACCCGGAGAAAGCGGCAGAGGAAAGCGAAGCACCCGAGAAAAGCGGCGCCCCAAGAAGCGCCACUAGAAGAAAGCGACAGAGAAAGCGCCCGUGAAAGGCGAAGCCCGAAGAAGAUAAAGCGCCCGAAGAAAGCGCCCGAGAGAAGCCCAGAAAGCAGAAAGCGGCGCCCGAGAAAAGCAGCGCCCGAAGAAAGCGGCGCCCGAAAAAAAGAAGAAGCGCCCGGGAAGAAGCGCCCGAAAGAGGAGAAAGCGCCCGAGAAAGCGCCCGAAGAGCGCCCGAAAGCGCCCGAAGAAAAGCGCGCCUCGGAAAAAACAAGCACCCGGAGAAAGCGAAAGCCAGGAAAAAGCGAGCACCCGAAGAAAAGCGGCGCCCAAGAAGAGCGCCACUAG